AUGGAAGUGCCUGUCUGUCUGACCUUGUUUUGUCUACCAAAUAUUCCAUGACAAAUAACGAAAAUCGCGAUCUGGACAUGGGUGUGUAGUAUAAGGCUAGGCAUUUGCGUAUGUAUGAGGACAUCAUAAUGCGAUGCAUGCGAUGUAAUCCUCGCGAUGGCACCGUACACAAUCCACGUUAUGCAAGGAGUCGACCCCGGACUCGGGAUAGGGGGGCCCCGAAUAAUGGGAUUGGAAGAAUUGGGAACGCGCAACCCAUCCCAUUCCAAAUUGACCUUACCAUCGAACGCGCGCCAAUGGCGACGAAAAUCCUGAAAAAAACCAUGAAUGAUAAAAAGUCACUGCACUUAUUAUUGGUCGAAUGUAGGCUAUGUACAUGGGAAUUCGAUUCGGCAUCAGUCAAUGCACGGCCAGCAAAACAGCAAAAAAUCCGACGUGUCGAUGGCUUUUCGAGCCAUCCAAUUUCAAUGUUGCUCUCUCUCCUGGUCUGGUCUCUGCCCGUUUCCUACAUAGUACUCAGCUCCCCCUUCGAAAACUCCAAUGGCGAACCGACUUUUUUGUGGAGAACUGCAGACGUGUCGAAGGGAUAAAAUCAACUCCCGCCCCUUCGAAAAUUGGAAAAUGGGGAGUAUCACCGGCCCUUGCGAAACGAGAAACAGAGGCAAACCUUGGAAGGGUAAUAAAUCAUCGCGUCCCUGUCCGGGGGAAAAUGUAGCAGACGCAAGCAAACAAAAACGCCCUUGCCGCCACCCCUUAAUGCACCUUGUGUGUGAGUAUAAAAAACUCCUCAAACGCCGUUAAGAGUCAAGAGUUCUCAUCGAAAGGUAUCGACCAUAGGUUACAAACGAAUGCGAACUAACGAAGCUGGAGAUCGGGGAACUGUCUUCUGCCCAGCAUAUUGACAUGAAGUUCGUAUAUACCAUCCUCAGCUGCGGCAUACCUAUGA